CUUCAAAGCUUCUCCACCACCGCAUGCCUACACAUUACUUUGUGCCAUCGGUAGCCAGAGCAUCGCUCUUUCAUGCUCGCGCAAUACUCACUAGCCAACAUGAGUGCGAUCACAGCUAAGAGUAAACGCGGCCCGACCGUGCUUAUGACGGAUUCUCGCGAUGCCCGUCCACAAGCCCGCACUACAGCCACUCGACCUGGCGCAAAACUUAUCUCCGUGGACAAUAUCCUCCAAUAUGCGUCCGAUAUCCCCUCCCAGCAACGUCGCGGACCGCCCGAUGCUCGCCCGCGAAUGCAUACCAGGACCCCUUCUGGUCGCCAUCCACUCGACCCUAAGCUUUCCGGCCGCCUGAUUCCGGCGCAUAUGCCUAUGCGAUCCAGCAAGCUUAGUGAGAAGCUGGUGCUACUGCCCGAAGCAGAUGCCGAGGACGAUGAUGAGAAGCUAGAUUUUGACGAAGAUGAUUCUGCGCCGCCUAAAGAUGAUGACCUACGGAGGAGAACCGCAAAGGGAGGUCCCAAAGAUAAAAGUUAUGCAGAGCGUCUGCCUAAGGCAAAGCGGACGGAAAAGCUCUCCCGAGUCACAGCGUAUUGUACAGCUUCUGCGUACAAGAUGAAGAGCAUGGCUGAAUUCGUCAAGACCCAGCACCAUGCAAGGACAAAGCUGUAUGACGAUUGCUUGUAUACCGUAUAUCACCAUCCUCUACUUGGAGGUAGUGAUGGAUACAGAGUCAGGAGUAGCCCGGCUUUGAAGAGCCCUGGUGGGAAGACGGUCCUUGACGAGGAAAUCGAGAGGAAUGAACAAAGGGAAUAUCACGAAGGUUAUUUCGAGGAUGCCGAACAGUACAGCUUCAGAGGGAGUGAGGAGAGUCCUGCAAAUAGCCCGAGACGCGAAGCGGACCGCAGAGAUUCGGAUCAUAGUAACGAGAUGGAAAGCCGCGGUGGCCGUGUCCCACCAAAUGCGUUGUCAUUCGGCGAGAUGUUCGUCUUUUCGUACGGUGUGGCCGUAUUCUGGAACUUUACCGAGCGUCAGGAGAAAGACAUCCUGGCAGAUUUGACGUUCUCGACUUCUUCCACUGGUGUAGCUCUGGCGACCAGGCCGCUCGACGAAGCUGACUUCGAGACGGAAGAAUUCCACUUUGAAUACAACCCGGAGAUCGCGAGACCUCGUGUCUAUAACGACAUGAUAUCGUUGAAGAGUGGAGACCAUAUGAUCAAGCUAUCCAUCAGCCAUGCUAUUGCUCAGAGCACCAAGUUGAGUUUGUUUGAGGAACGCAUGGCGCGGACCAUGUUGGCUGCUCAAUACGUACCAAAGCGUUUAGCUUUGACGGGCAAGCUGGGCAUGGGCAGGACUGAGGUGGUGAGAAUGAUUGGACAGCUAUUCACCAGUCGAGUCGAUGUCAAUUUAUCUUCCAACAUGCUCGACACACCCAAUUUCUUCUGGGACUCUGAACCGACACUUCACCCACUGUAUACCGCGUACCGCGAAUAUCUCGAGAUCAAGCCACGCAUUCAAGUGCUUAACGAAAGAUGCCAGGUCUUCCUAGACCUGGGCGAGAUUCUCUCAGAUUCGAUAUCCGACCGCAAGAUGACGAGGAUCACAUGGAUCAUCAUCAUUCUCAUUAUAUUCAGUAUCUGCAUCACGUGUCUGGAAGUACUACUUAGAUUCUCGCUCCUGAAUAGGAGAGCUAGAGCUGAUUCCGUUGAUGCAUUAUCAAAACCGGCGCUUGCUGGCCCAAGUCUUCUGCUUGGCAGAGCGUUGAUCUGGUCGGGAAGAAGCAUUAGCCGGCAGAUUAUGGGAUAAUUUCUGAUCGAUACUGAUUUCGCAUAGCGAUGGCGUAACCGUGGUGUUAAAGGAUGGUUUAUGGACAUGUACAUAUGGUGUAAAUAGCAAUUGGUUCAACUAGGCUUCAAUGACAGCCGCCUUCAUCAGGUUUUGGUUCUGGUAAACACGGGCGCAUUUCAUUUCUAACAUGUCUUUGGGUAUGUGGAAGAUCGAACUAUCUAAGAACCCAGCAGGUGGUAUAGUACGCGGACCGUAAUUCAGUUCUACCCGCCGUCAUCGUGAAACGUUGGACAGGCCUGUCAUUGCUUCAGCGGUAAUGAGUAUAUUA